AUGUCUAUCACUCAUCACACGUCCUAUAUCUUCGUGAUUGGGGGCACUGGCGCCCAAGGAAUCCCCGUGGUCCGCGGCCUAGUCAAGGACCAGAAAUACAAAUGCCGCGUCCUCACUAGGGACGUCAGCUCUCCCAGAGCCAAAGCCUUGCUCGAACUGGGCAACGUCGAACUGGUGGAAGGCACGUUUGCCAGCGAGGCCGACCUCCGCCGAGGGUUCCGGGGUUGUGACGGGGCAUUUGUCAACAUCGACGGCUUCAACUGCGGCGAGAAGACGGAGAUCUACUGGGCCAUCCGAAGCUACGAGCUUGCGUUGGAGGAAGGCGUCAAGUUCUAUGUCUACGGGAAUCUCGACUACGUAUACAAGAAGAGCGGCUACGACCCAAAAUUCCGCACCGGCCAUUACGACGGAAAGGGCAGGGUGGGAGAAUGGGUGCUGGAGCAGAACAAGACCAAUGGCCACCGGAUGGGCGUCGCUGUUUUCACCACGGGGCCGUACAUCGAAAUGUCCAUUGCCAAAUUCACCAUCUUCACCCCCAAAGUCGAGGAUGAUGGCGUCGUCACAUGGCGUGUGCCACUUGGGGAUGGAAGCGUGGUUCAUGUCUCGUUGGACGACUGCGAAUACUAUGUGAGGUGGCUGUUCGACCAUCCCGAACGGUCCAACGGCAUGGAUCUGGAAGUCGCCAUCGACCACAUCCACUAUGCCGACCUGGCAAAGGCCUUCCAGGCCGUCACCGGUCAUCCGGCGAGGUACAUCGAUACCGACCUUGACACGUACUGGAAGACGGGUAAUUCAGCCCCCUUUGCGGCUCACGGCAGUGGAUAUAACUCCGACCCCAAGGACUCGGCGUUCAUGACCUUCAAGGACAAUUUCACCGGGUUCUUCAAUAUGUGGAAAUACUCGGGUGGGAACAAGGGCGUCAUUCGAAGGGAUUAUAAGCUGCUGGACGAGAUCUAUCCGGAUAGAAUCAAGACGGCAGAAGACUUCUUUAGAAGAGAAGACGACCGAGGCAGGAAAGCUGGACUGGGUAGUCUUUGGGACCGUGUCCAAGAGGAAAACCUCAAGCCAGUUCUCAAGUUAGCUGAGGACAGGAGAAGAGGCCGGCUGUAG